AUGGAGGAUUGUAAUCUGGUAUCCACACCCUUAGAUAUUAACCAAAAGCUUAUAAAAGAAACACAUCAACGAGGCAAACAGGAAACUGAUUACAUGAAAACCGUUCCAUAUCAAGAAGCUAUUGGAAGCAUUUUAUAUGCUGCACAAGUAAGUCGCCCAGAUUUAUCCUUUGCAGUGGGAGCUUUAUCAAGAUUUAAUAACAAUCCUUCAAAAUCUCAUUGGAUAGCGGUUAAACGACUUUUCCGAUAUAUAAAAGGAACAAUUAAUUACAAGCUAGAAUACAAUCUAGACAUUGAAGGAUGUUUAGAAGGAUUUUCGGAUACUGACUGGGAUAGUGACUCAGAUGACAGAAAAUCAACUACAGGUUAUCUCUUUAAAUACCAAGGAGGACUUAUUUCGUUUAAUGCAAAGAAACAACCUACUCUCGCUCUCUCCACCACAGAGGCUGAGUAUAAGGCCUUAGCCUCAACAUCUCAAGAAGCACUUUGGCUUCAAUCUUUAUUGCGAUAA